AUGCACAAGUCCGGAGAAUGUUGCGGAUGUGUCUCAUGGGUAGGUACAAGCUGGAAGGCUUGCCUGGGGCUCAUGGAGGAGAUGCGCCGUCGUGACAUCCUACCCAAUGAGAUCACCUUCACCACAGUGAUGUCCUGCCAAGAGCGUGCCGGCAACUGGGAAGGCGCUUUGGCGACUGUUGCGGCUAUGCGGAAGCAGGGCAUCUCUUGUGUCCGACUAGGUUCUGUUGCACAGGCGCGGAGUCUCGAUUUGCAGAUUUCUGCGUUCCAAUUGCAGGUGCUCGAGAACUCCAAGGGCGACGAGCAGCCGCUUUCCCCACGCGGCGGAGCCUUCGAUGACCCAAGCGGAGCCGGGGAUUGCAGCCACACAGCUGGAUUCGCCAUCGCCCAGGGCGUCACAGGGUACCACAAUCGCUUCUUGAAGGAGUGCCUUGGCUCGAAAGACUGCCAAGAUGCGAAGAGGAAACCACGCAUCGCACUGGCCCUUCGCUCUGCUGCAUCGGUCGACUCCUUCGCUCGCCGUGAAGCGGAAUCCGACUUCCUCAGCUUGCGUCUCAUUGAAGCGUCUGUGGAUUGGCAGGAGACAUUGAUUGAAGAAGCUUGCAGCGAGGAGGAUGAGACCAGGAUUCCAAGGCUGGUAGUCGGUGAGACAUGUGUGGAAGCCGACCCGUAUGGCAUGGCAGUUUGGCCGGCGGCACAGGUCUUGGCGCAGGCUGCCGCGGCCUACGGUCUCCGGGCCCAAGGAGCCCUUGAGCUUGGCUGUGGCUGUGGCUUGGCCUCCCUCGCGCUGCUAAGCCUGGACAUGGAGGAGUCGGCCGAGCGACUCGGAGUGGCGGAGCACUUGGAGACCCAGCUUCUGGACCUUCGCGAUCAUGGCCAUCCGUUGCCGAAGGCAGACCUUGUCCUGGCCUCUGACGUCCUCUACGAGAAGCAAACAGCAGAGGCCAUGGCGCAGCGCGUGGUUGAAGCGCGGCAGCAGAACUGUGCAGUUCUGAUCAGUGAUAUCGGAAGGCCGAAUCGGAAGGUCUUUAUCGAGAAGCUCGCCGGCCUGAGGCCGGAAGAAAGCAGCGAGUUCGCCAGCAGCGGCAUUGCCGUCCAAAGAGUUGGCGGCACCGAAGCUGGCAGAACAAAGGUGGAGCUUUUGGAGCUGCCGGCAAAUGGUCCAGCCAGUGUUCUUGUCAUUCCCUCUGAGGGCCAGGCUAUGCCAGGCUUUGUCCGUGUUGCGUACAUGAUCGCACCCAAACUUCGUGACUGCACAGCAGAUGCGGAGGACUUGGCCAUUAUGGCGCUUGCAGAGGCUGACCAGCGGCAGCUGGCGCUGGCCCUCUGCCCUCGUCUGACCCAAGGUCCUGCCACCACGGCCGAAGAGUUCCUCGAAAUGCUGCAGUGCCGGACGGAUACGAAUCUCUUUCGGAAAGUCCUCCCAGAGCUAAACUUCGCCAUGAAAGACGAGGUCUGGGAUGUCAGACGAUCUGCAGUUCACCUGCUGUCUGAGCUGGGGCCAUUCUUCGUCGACAUCACGACGGAGACAUUGAAGCAACUGCACCCUUGCAGUGAUGAAGUUGUGCAGCUAAUGGUUGCUUUCGUGCUGAAGAACGUGGAAGGUGCCUUUUGCUUCGGACAGGUGAUGCAUAUCGGGCUUCUCGAGCUUCGGCCAUCUUCGAGCUUCGUCCGACGGACCUUCACAACGAACACCAGUGAAAACGUGUGA